GUCGCAUGUGUAUGCAGCAGCUCCCGGUCGGCAUCUGGAAUACCUACUGGCUUUCGGACGCUCUUAUUCCAUGUCACAAACCCUCAUGAGCGAAAACAGAGUGGUUCACGAGAAGGAGCAGGCCCGGCCAGUGCCAAUCUCGAGCAUAUCAACUUUCAUUUGCUCAGUGCUGAGGAUGUAUGUCGACAGCUCGACGUCUUUCCAGCGGAAAGUCUCAGCCAUGAUGAUGCAUUAGCUCGAAUCAAGUACGGGCAAAAACAUCUUGCCGCAGCCUCGCCAACAUUCCUGGGGGAGAGAGGGGGGGGGGGGAACACUUUCCUAUGUCUUCGGUGGCUUCUGUUCAGUGCUAUGGAUUGCUGUUUUAUUGUCUUUUUCCUCUGUUGGAAGCCGUUAGGGACGCCGCCAACAGGGCAUAUUACCUCGGGCUAGCCAUCCUUAUCCUCAUUGUCCUCUUCGUCUAAGCCUGCUUCUCAGCAUUUCAAGCUUGGUUGACGAGGAAGACGAUGCACUUGAUCUUGGACUUACUGCCAUCUGAAGCACUCGUGCUACGCGACGGUAAUCUGAUAAAGAUCCCAGCUACUGUAGCGAGAUAUGUAGUUGGCGGCGACAUCGUCACCCCCAGCAUCGGCAACAAAUUUCCCGCUGAUGACGAGUUA